AUGAAGAGCAACCUCCCGGGAAAGAAAAAGAACCUAUUUUUGAUGUAUCCCAGGUUUCUUCAAAUGAUCUUUAAUGAAAAAUAUCCCCAAAUCAAAAGGACGUCUGAUACUUUGGAUAUGAAAGCUUUGGGUCCCAACACUUGUGGACUCAUGAAGCAAUCGAGAAAGGCUACCAAAGUUGCUUUUCAAGGAUUAAAUGAGUUAGUUAAAUUUGGAAAGUUUGUUGAGGUUGAAGACACUCCUGUUGUUAGUUCUAUAUAUGCUGAGCUUGCCGAUGAACACAUGGCACCGAAACCAAAAUUUCAAUUCGCCUUUGAAUAUUUUAUUCAACAAAGUAUUUCAAACCCAGAAGAGGAUGCAGCUGUCACACCUUCGGUUGUGACUGAAAGAGAAUGUGACACAAUGGUGCAAUCUUCCAUACCAACCCCUAAACAGAUUGAUACUCUCAUAGCAGAACUUCAACUAACUGCAAGGAAGCCUCACCAAACACUUCCUGUCGAUACUGAACCUCCAUCUGAAAGUGAUCCAGACAACUCAGCCCACACUUUACUCCCAAGGAAGCGAAAAAGAAGAGAUCCAAGGCCGGGAGUGUUUAUCACUGACCCAGUUCAAAAGAAUUCUACUCCAAUUGAGCCUGGUUUUAUCGCUCAACCCCUACAAAGCCCAUUCACUGAGUCCUCUCCAGUGAUUCAAGAAAUAUCAAUCCUAUUACCUGAUCCGACUCCUAUGGAUUAG